CGUUAUAUACGAAAAUACUGACUAGGUUAACUGUUAAUAUCGCACGUUUUUUGCUGCAUGUUCUGCAAAAGUUAUAUGUGGAGGCGGCAGGAUGGCGAAAGUUCAGCUUAGUUUGGGAGAAAAGACUUUCAUUAUACACGGUGUACAGGAUGGUCUCCGCACAGAUGGACGAAGCUGCGAUGCAUUUCGGCCAAUGGAGCUGGAGUGUGGUGUCGUCUCAAACACCAGUGGCUCAUCUCGGCUCCGCCUCUCGAACACCGAGAUCCUGGUGGGCGUCAAAGCCGAGAUGGGCAAACCACGACCGACACGACCCAACGAAGGCUACUUGGAGUUCUUCAUUGACCUCUCGGCCAAUGCAUCCCCGGAGUUUGAAGGUCGCGGAGGCGAGGAGCUUGCCACAGAGAUUGCUAACACACUGACCUUGACCUAUGACCUCAAGAACGUGUUGGACUACCAGGCGCUGUGCGUGUUACCUCAGCAGUGCUGUUGGGUGGUGUAUGUUGACGUGGUGGUCUUGGAAUGCGGAGGCAACUUAUUUGAUGCCAUUGGGAUCGCUGUGAAGGCAGCUUUGUACAAUACCAGAAUACCAAAGGUCAAAGUUCAAGUAGAUAGUGAAGGUCAAGAAGAGAUUGAGGUUUCUGAUGAUCCUCACGAUGUCGUCUUGUUAGACACCUGUAACAUGCCGGUAUUGGUCACCGUCAGUAAGAUUGGUCAGCAACACGUCGUGGACGCAACGCUUGAGGAGGAGGCUUGCUGCCUCGCCUGUAUCGUCAUGGCUGUCAACGCAAAGGGCGCCCUCGUGGGCAUGGAAAAGAAAGGCUCUAGCAGCCUCACUAUGGACAGCAUACAGGACAUGAUCACGACUGGCAAGAAAGUGGGCAUGAAUCUGAACAGCAAUCUGUCGUCUGUUCUUCAAGAGAUUGGACGAGACGCUUCCAGCUCGGGCUUUCUGUCCUGACCCGCCAAAUAUGAGAACUAAACAAUUGAAUGACCCAUACAUGUGCUAUACGCACACACUGUUAUUAAGAGUGCUGCGUAAAGCCAAGAGCAAGUAACUGGAGGUGGCAAUCACGGCACAUAUACUUCCUCACGUGGUCCGUCACUCACAUUUAUGAAUCGAGGAUACCUCUAGAACCAAGGAUGCCAUGGAAGUAUCGUCUCAGCAGACUGGAUGCAGUUUGACUGCUAGAAGACUGAUGCGACACAGGCCUUUAGCUUCUCGUCGCUUGUGAGGAAACCGAGAUGUUCACGAGCUUGCUUUGAAAACACUAUGACCGGACUAUGGGCCCAAAUAUUAGACAAACUCUGCGUUUCUGAACAUCAAAUGCCCACACCAAGAAUAACUUUUCUGCAUUCUGGGUUAUUCUCAAACAACGAAUGUGACUUGCUUUUUUACCCCCCCCCCAAAAAAAAAAACCUACAGACAAGCUUUUUUCAACACUUUUAAUAUAAUUUCAUACAAAAUUCAUAAAGAAAUAUAAACAGUGAAAAAGCAAGUGAAUUAUAUGUAACAUAAUCGGAAGAGAAAAGUAACUUCCUGAGUGCAGCAAGAAACAUUGA